AUGAAGACAUCUACCGCCUAUCUCUUGAUCGCCUUUUUCAGCGCUACUCAUGUCAGCGCCGAGUGUAUCGAAGGCACUCGCCAGGAGAUCAGCCCUGGCUACGUAGUCGAACACAAAUGCGGCAUCUACCGUCAGGGAGGAGCAGCCAUCAAGAAUAUCAAUUCUGAAGCAGAAUGUGCCGCGCUGGCCAGAGAUGCUGGUGUUGAUAUCGCGACCUACUAUGCUCCCAGAAAGCAAUGUAUUAUUGCUAAAGAGGGUGGCAAAGACCUCCCUUACCCAGGCGCGACCUACUUGCAAAGGGUCGAGGAGAAUGACGACCCCUUUGAGGAUGAGCAGCUCAUUGAAGAUGAUCCCUUCGGACAGACCUGUGAAGAAGAAAAGGAGACCUUGAAGGCUGAUUUGGAUAAAUGCCAUGCUGAUCUCGCGCUGGCGACCAAGAAGCCCACUUGUGGUGUUGCCAAAUGGGGCGGAAAAUGGUACAGCCGGAAGGAUGGUCUCACUCUUGCCCAAUGCAAGCAAGCCUGCGAUACCGACGUGAAGUGUCUCUCGUACAGCGCGAACAAGGGAACCUCCGGCGCGAUCAACUGCUAUCUGUACGACAAGGAGACCUCGGAGGUGCCUGAUGGUACUUAUCCCAACUUUGUCCAGUACGACAAGCGUUGCGCUUAG